AUGGUGGGAGGGCGGAGGGAGGAGGCGGGGAGGAGGAGGGUGGUGGGGGAUGGGUGGGGUGGGGAGGACAAGGUGGUGGGGUGGCUGCCUCCCUCGCUGUGGUCGCUCACGCGCCUGCAGCAGCUGGCCACCAACUGCCUAGCCGCCCUUCCUAACCUAACCUCUCUCUCCCUCCUCGCUCACCGCUCCUUCCCUCCCUGCCUCUCCUUCCUCUCCUCCCUCACUCUCCUCUCCAUCCCCCUCGCCUCCCCCCUCCACCGCCCCGCUUCUCUCGCUCUCUUCUCACCUGUGCUUGUACUUCCAUAA